AUGGCACUGGUGCUCGAGCACCUCGUCUCGUCGGGACCCGUCCACGAGACAGGCGAUCAGCUUCAGGCAGGUACCUCGGACCACUCUGCCAUCACGCCCGCACCAGUAUCUGUGCAGAAGCAUUCGAAAUGGUGGGGUCGCUUCUUCCCUGGCAGCCUCGAGUCGACCAUGGAUCGUCUUUUCGCAAGCCACCACAUGGGCAACUAUGUCGCCAUCCGCGGGCAUCCGGAUCAGAAGAUCUUCGAGAGCAUGCCCAUCUAUGUGCGCGUGGGGAUGCAUCUGCUGUUCUACAAGAGCAAGGAGCAGUCGUUUCUGCGCUACAAGUCGGUGGAGGAUUUGCUCAAGACCGUGUCUGUGCGACAGGGUAAGGUGUACGACGACGAGUCCAACCCGCACGCCGUGCUGGAGCACAUUCAGAGCUUCAUCAAGACCUACUCGAUCAAUCUGGAUGAGCUACUGCAGCCGGAUCCAACCCAGUACCCCAACUUCAACUCGUUCUUCUACCGCAAGCUGAAGCCUGGAGCGAGACCGAUCGCCGAGCCCGCGAAUGCGUCGAUCGUGUCGUCUUGCGCUGAUUGCAGGCUGACGGUCUUCAGCGAUGUUGCCGAGUCAACCAAGUACUGGAUCAAGGGAGACGGUUUCACCUUGAACAGGCUGAUUGGCGAUACCAACCUCGCCGACCGAUGCUUCCCGCCGGGCAGCUCGAUCGCCAUCUUCCGCCUCGCUCCGGCUGACUACCACCGUUUCCACCAUCCGGUAGGGCCGGCCGUGUGUGGACCGACCAAGCACAUCGGCGGAGAGUACUUUACUGUGAACGUGAGUAACCUCGCCUGUGCCAUGAGUGCUAUGAUCCGGUGUGCUUGUCUUGAAUGCUUCGAUCGAUCGUACUGA